ACUUCUACAUCAUCUAGUUCUACAUCAUCUAGUUCUACAUCAUCUACUUCUACAUCAUCUACAUCAUCUAGUUCUACACCAUCUAGUUCUACAUCAUCUACUUCUACAUCAUCUACUUCUACACCAUCUACUUCUACACCAUCUACUUCUACAUCAUCUAGUUCUACACCAUCGUGUUUUCUCCACGUCCUCUGA